GCCUCCACCAUCCUGUGUUUUUGUUGUCGUCUGACAUUGUCCUUGUGGGACCGUCGCCACAGAGACAGAUUUCUUUAACGAGCACCUGAACACCGACAUGUCCUCACUACUGAAGCCGUUUUCGGUGUGCGAGGGGCCGUGUGAGAGUGGCGCUGUCGGGAGAGGAUGCCCGAGCUCAGCUCACCAUCAGCAGCCUCCAUCGCAGCGUCUGGUCGCGGCGGGGCUGGGCUCUCUCCCCGCCCACCAGCGGGCGUACGCGGCGAGGAGAAACCUGGCGGCCGCUGCGGUCGGAGGAAGGAAACUCACGCAUCCUGGAAAAGCCAUCCUUGCAGGUGGCAUUGCAGGAGGAAUAGAGAUUUGUAUCACCUUCCCCACAGAAUAUGUCAAGACCCAGCUGCAGCUAGAUGAGCGAGCCAACCCACCUCGAUACAGAGGGAUCGGCGACUGUGUGAAGUUAACCGUGCAGGAUCACGGGCUGAGAGGAUUGUAUCGAGGCCUCAGCUCCCUGCUCUAUGGAUCAAUACCCAAGUCUGCAGUGAGGUUUGGCACGUUUGAGAUGCUCAGCAACCCAAUGCGAGACGCCACGGGUCGACUUGACAACACGCGGAGCCUCGUGUGUGGUUUAGGAGCAGGUAUAGCGGAGGCCAUCGUGGUCGUCUGUCCCAUGGAGACCCUGAAGGUGAAGAUGAUCCAUGACCAGUGUUCGCUCAGACCGCGCUACAGAGGCUUCUUUCACGGAAUCAGUGAGAUUAUCAGAGAACAGGGUGUGAGGGGGACAUAUCAAGGUCUGACAGCGACUGUGCUGAAACAAGGAUCCAAUCAGGCCAUCCGAUUCUAUGUGAUGAACCUGCUGCGCAAUUGGUACAAAGGUGACGACCCAAGCCGAGACAUGCACCCCAUUAUAACAGCAAUCUUUGGAGCGACGGCAGGAGCUGCCAGUGUUUUUGGAAAUACACCUCUGGAUGUGGUGAAGACAAGGAUGCAGGGAUUGGAGGCCCAUCGCUACAAAAACACAGUCGACUGUGCCUUCCAGAUCUUGAAGAAUGAAGGACCACAGGCGUUUUACAAGGGAACAGUUCCAAGGCUUGGCCGUGUGUGUUUGGACGUGGCAAUAGUCUUUGUCAUCUAUGAGGAGGUCGUCAAACUACUCAACAACGUGUGGAAGACGCAAUAGAAUGGCUAGAUUGUGACUGAGAUCCAGAGGAAAGCACAGACCAGUGCCUCAUGCUACGCACAACUGAACACCUCUAUUUAAGUUAAUGACCCUCUCCAUUGACUUGAGGAGAUGACUCUUCAUCAUGACCAGUCUUCACUCAUCAUCCAGGAUGUAACCAUAAAUACAGCAAAAAAAGUAAGGGAGGAAGCGCGGACGGUAGAACUAAACAGCUCAGUUUUGCAAUUCUACGCUUUCUCGCUCGGUGUGACUUAGGAAUCAGGGGGAUUUUAUUUUGAAGAAUAGGAAAAGGCAAAUUCCGAGACUAAAGAAACCUUAUUAACCAAAAGGUUCACAUAAGAGAAGAACUUUAGUGGGUUAAACAAAAAAGGGAUACUACGUAUGUCUGUUUUAACUUUGCAUGGCUGUUAUGGUACAUGUUGUAGAGUGAACACUUUGUACUUGAACCAUAAAUGUGUCUUUUGAUUCACGGAGUACUUACUAUACUGAGCGGAAAACAGAGAUGUUACUGCACCCAAACAAGCUUGCUGCAGUACUUUAAAAUGUCUGUGCAGUAUUUCAACACCUCUCUAUGUUGUAAUUGCUUACCUGACUGUGCUUGUGGGGGUCAUCUUUAGCAGUAUUUCCUCACUGUGUCUUGGUGAUGAGGAUACGGCUCAUUGCGUAUUUCAUGGCCCACUGCUCUGUUUGGCUGCAUGGAUCUCGAUGUGGCAUCUGUCCUGUUAUAUGCUGACAGUGGCUCGCCUUGUACACAAACUGGUCUGGAGUCAGUACCUUUCUUGCAGAUUGUAUCGAAGUGUUAAAACCUGAUACAAGUAAUCAUUGAGCACACAUUUUAGGAAACAACCCCCAAUGUAGCACAACAAGAGAUGAUUCAUUAAUAGAAGUUAGUGAGGUCAACGUUACAUCUUCAACAUUCCACACGUUACUAUAUGCUCAGUGUGUUUUGAGUCCUUGACAGCUGCGUGUGAAGGCUUUAUUUGGGAACAUUUGACCAGUAAUGCUUUGUUUAGACGCUCAGUCAGGCUGUUAUUUCCCAGCAGCUGCUGGUGUGCAGCCUCAAAUAUAAAAGUGAAUACACAUUUACCUAAGAUAACAACAUGCCAGACUAUGUAAGCCAUAUGACUUCAGUGCGUUUGAGCCUUUCUGUGCUUAUUGAUUCAUCCUACCCUCCUCUAGUCACUUUAAUAUUGUUUACCUCAAGCCUAACUGCUUUACAAGAAUUUUGUACACUUACUGAUGAAGUAGUUUGUUAGCCAUCUUUGAUCGCACUUGUCUAAUUAAGUGUUUACAUAUAUUGAACGUCAACAAGGUGACAUAACAGUAAGGCUUGGUUUUGAAUCAAACUAGUUGCACCAUAAAAGCCUUGCACUGAAGCCUUUUAGUCGCCUUUGCCAAACUUCAAUAGAAUCUCCAAUUUAAUAUCCCUAAUAGAAGCAAAUCUUUAUUACAUUUUAAAAGCAACAAAAAUAUUGUUCAAUCCUCAUGUCUUUACCAUUUUGUUUUGUAUUAACUAAUGCACAUUUUUUACUAUGCGUGUGCUGCUUUUCAUAAACAUAUCAGAUUUCAUCAAUCGCAUUUCUGAAGAUCCUGUUGGGCGGAGUGAAGGAUUUGUGUGAAAUAUGUUGGAAUGAAAAAGAAUUGAGAAGCAUCUGAAGUUUCAGAAAAGCUUUAGAUAAAAUAUUGUUUCAAUAAACUGAUUGAGAAACCUGA